UGAAAGUAGUUGAAUGCGGUUUGCUUACAACAGACAAAAAAAAUUAUACGCGGGUUACUGGUAGAGGUAUAUUUACAUACAUAUACUUCCGCAUCGUAGUUUACAUUCUUACUUAUAGAACUAUCUAUGAUAUCAUCACGUAAGUGUAUGUGGAUGACGGGCAGAUCACAAGUUUUUUUAAAUGGGUUUGUUAAAAAGUGUUUUAGCAGUAUGACAAGAAGAAUGGGAGAGAAUGAACUGUUACCAGAUUUUCCUCCAGGACCACUUGAUGUGUAUAGAAAGCAAGCAUCUUUUGACUGGAAGAAAUUAAAAUUGUUUCUGGAAGAUGAGACAAUUACAGGAUUCAAAAUGAAGAUAUGGGGGACUUUGGAAGCAGACCCACUGUUUCAGCACCCACAGUCAUCAUUAAGUUUGGAUGAACAGCGGCAUCUGGCAACAAGGCAGAUGUACCGUAUUAAACAAUAUAAUUUUCUUCCACUUGAAGAACUCGCUGCAGACAUUAGAAAGAUAUUUGCUAUGAACUCUGCGCUGUUCCAGAUGAACCCAUCAUUUGCAGUAAAAUUCCUUUUGACUUUCUCUAUGUUUUCAAAUACAAUCUCUAGUAUGGGAACUGCAAGGCACUAUCAUUUUGUGGAAGCUAUUGAUGAAGGAACAAUUGGUGGCUGCUUUGCAUUAACAGAAAUAUCUCAUGGUACCAAUACCAAGGGCUUGAGAACAACUGCCACGUAUGAUCCCAAAACCCAGGAAUUUAUAAUACACACACCAGACUUUGAGGCUGCAAAAUGUUGGGUAGGCAGCUUGGGGAAGUGCUGCACCCAUGCUAUUAUCUACGCCCAGUUAUUCACUGCUGAUGGCACCAACCAUGGUCUCCAUGCAUUUGUUGUUCCUAUAAGAAAUACUAAAACUCUGUGUGCCUUUCCUGGAGUCAUUGUUGGUGACCUGGGCGAAAAGAUUGCCCUGAAUGGAGUUGACAAUGGAUUUGUCAUAUUCCAAAAUUAUAGGAUUCCACGAGAGAAUCUACUGAACAAGACUGGAGAUGUCAGCCUUGAAGGACAAUACAUCAGUACGAUCAAGGAUCCUAAAAAGAGGAUGGGUGCUUCAUUUGGAGCCCUUUCAAAUGGUCGAGUAUCUAUUAUUGGAAUCUGCAUGUCAUAUCUCACUAGUGCUGUAACCAUUGCAGUCCGUUACUCAGCAGUCAGGAAACAGUUUGGACCUGAGAAUGGCAAUGAAUUCCCUGUUCUUGAAUAUCAACUUCAGCAAAGUAGAUUACUUCCCCAUCUUGCAGCUGCAUUUGCAAUGAAAAUUUUCUCAGAUUACUUCAACAAGAUCAUUGGAGACUUUACUGUCAAAACUAUGAUGGGGGACAAAAGUGAUGAAAUGGCAGAUCUAGGAAUGGAAAUCCAUGCCCUUUCUUCAGCAGGGAAGCCACUAGCUGGAUGGACUGCAAAGGAUGCAAUACAGGACUGUCGUGAGGCCUGUGGAGGACAUGGAUACCUCAAAGUGUCUGGCCUGGGUGAUCUUCGUAAUGCCAAUGAUGCCAAUUGCACAUAUGAGGGUGAAAACAACGUGUUGCUUCAGCAGACUAGCAAUUGGUUGCUGCAGCUAUGGAAUAAUAAAAUCAGGACAAGAGGAGGACCAAUAUCCACUCCAAUGGGAUCAGCUGACUUCCUCACAAACAUAGAUGAAAUCUUGAAAACCAGAUUUGUUGCAAAAACUGUAGAAGAAACUGUUAAUCCUGAAGUUCUGUUAGCUGCCUACAAGUGGUUAGUGUGUUGGUUGUUGCAAGCCACCGCAAAUAAAAUUGAAUCCCAGAAUCAAAUUGGUAAGGACAUGUUCAGUGCCAAGAAUGACUCACAAGUGUUCUUCGCUAAAACUUUAUCACUAGCAUUUAUUGAGCAUUUUAUUCUUCAUAAUUUUUUGACACACAUUACGAGUGAUGGGCUAGAUACACAGGUUAAGGCGGUGCUACUAAAGUUGUGCUCUCUGUAUGGUGCUUAUAGCCUUGAAAAACAUCUUGUUGCACUCUACCAAGGAGGUUAUGCAGUAGGAUCUGAGCCAGCCCAGCUGCUUAGAGAUGGGAUCUUGGAUUUGUUUUCAAAGCUCAAGCCUGAAGCUGUGGCACUGGUUGAUGUUCUUGCACCACCUGACUUUGUCCUGAAUUCUGUGCUUGGAAAAUCAGACGGCAAGGUAUACCAGAACCUGCAGGCUACAUUAUUCCAGAAUCCACAAGUAUUUGAGAGACCUUCAUGGUGGGAGGACGUGGUUCACUGGCGCCAGCAUUCCAAGCUUUGAAUUGGUCAGUAGAUUCACAUACGAUGUCAUGGUCUGAUGGUUAGCACUCUUAAUAUUUUGAGAAAGCAUUGAUAAUGUAAUUAUGAAUAUGUGCCAAAGUACUGUAUUGCACAGCAAAUAUAUUAUCAGGGAGAAGCUUGUAGUAAUGGUAAAUAGUUAAAAAGUCUAGGUGUCAGCAAGGUCAGUAAUAGUUUAUGGUUGUGAAUUUUAUACAUUAAUAUAUCUAAUGGAAAUAUUUUUAUAUAAUAUUAUGUUACUGUUAUGUGUAGGGCUCCAGAUAUAUACUUUUUCACUCCACAGAUGCAUAAAUUUUAUUCUGUCUAAAUGUAUGGGGAAAUAGAUUUUGUUUAGGGGAUAACAGAUUUAUGUAGAAUUUCUGGUUAUGUGAAUUACAGUAACAGUUUAUGCAGAAA